AUGGAAAUUAUCAGGAUUAUGGGUCAUGAGAUGCAAAAAGAUGGAAGAUACUCUGCCGUGGGAAAGUAUAUCAAAUCCUGCCUUGAAUCGGAGGAUUGUAGGAUGACUGAAUUGACAAGUGCUGAUAGUCUUGUUCAGGAAUCAUCGAAGCGCAAAACAUCUAGCGGGGGGGUGGAAUACAGUAGUGAGAGGAGCGCAGGCAUCCCCAGGAUCAGAACUCUUCCUCCUCAGUUCAUCAGAGCAGCCUUCAGUCAGAACGAGUACGAGGCUGUCCGCGCCUUUGCAGGGCCGUCCCUGUGCUGUGAGCCCUCCUGCCCUCUGAACGCGGCUCAGCUCCUGGCAGACGAUGGCUUGCGCAAGCUGCUGGGACUGGACGAGCUCCCGGUACCAUCAAAGAGAGCAGAAGUCAUCGCGAGGAGACUGCUUCAGCUCGCAAAGAGCAUCGCCGCAGAUUCCCGCUCCCUGGAGUCGUCUGGCCGGAACUCCGAGGUGGAUCAGGACAGCGCGGCUACUCGACCGCCUCACAUGGACGACGACGAGCUUGUCAGCCUCGUGUGGGCGCUGCUGUUUGCACGAUCGGAGGACAGGUGCGAGCUUCUCAAGUACGUAUUCAAGGACGAGGACAAGGACAAGGGAGGAAAUCAGCUCAGCAAGGUCCCAGCUGAAAGGUCUCUCCAGGACGCACGACUGAAGUUGAUACGGCAGUCGGAGAUGCAAGACAUGAUAGUUCUGUCCUCCAAGAUCGCAGUGUACACCAAGUCAGCGCUGUCAGAGCCUCUCCCGUUCGCCCCUCACCUUCCCUCCAGGAGGUUGUCGAGUGCUGAGUGGGAGGCGAACUUUGCUGGAGAGCUGGACCCUUCAAGCAUGGCCGAGUGGAUCGCAAGAGUGGAAUUGACGCGCGCGAAGAACCAGUUGAAGUCAGGAGAGAAACUCUCGUCUCUCGAGGCGUGGAGUCAAAAGAACCUACCCUCUUUCCUCUCUGUGCUCGGAGCCUGCUUGCUCGCCCACUGCGUCUCUGCUGGUCGGAGGUUUGCGGGCUUGUUGAAGGAGAACGAGCUGGAGGAUUUCGCCUUCUGCAAGGAGAUCACUAAUGAGCUGAUCCCGGCGCUGACGGAGAGGAGUGAAAUCCUAACACCUGAUGCUCUCUACCUGCUCAGCUCCUUCUUUCCCCCCUCGUCUCGCACGUACCUCAAGCGUUUGUACUCGUCGCGCGCGGACGGGAAGAGGCUCGCCAACAACACUGUCGGCUACCGAGGCCCAACCCUGUGCUUGUUCAAGGACAAGUACGGGAGGGUCGCUGGGAUUCUGAGUGAGAGCGAGUGGAGAGACGCGAACAUCUUCCAGGGUGACAGCAAGACCAUCCUCAUGACCGUGGCCCCUCGUUUCUCUGUCUGCCGCGCGAUUCAUGAGAACGCCAAACCCGGGUCGAAGCCCUUCUACACCUUCCUCAACACCAAGACGGGGAUAGGCAGGUUCUCGUGGCCAGCCAAGGGGAUCGGAGCAGGAGGAAGUCCCGGACAUCUCAAGCUCUGGGUGGACGAGGAGCUGGAGAGAAUCUCAUGGGAUGGCGACAUGGAGUGCGAUGGUUUUGAGAGUGAAGGGGACUCCUGGUCUCCGCCUGACAGCGAUCUGUCAGUGGUCGAGGUGUGGGGAUGCGGAGGCCUGGACGCGGAGCAAGCUCAGGUCCAGCACAGGCGGCGGGAGGCGAGGAUGGCAGAGCGAGCGAGGCAGGUGGACAGGAAGAUGAUGUUCGGCGGAGGUCACAGCUGGACGGAGAGCCCGGACAAGUUCAUCCUCGACAUGGCGACGGCUACCGCGAUCAUCGAGCCUAGCUCACUUGUUGUCAUGAAAUUCAAAACUUUCUUCGUUGCUACCCGCAGCGUCACCUUGGAGGAGGAGGGUAAGAACGUCGGAGAUGGCGAGGAGAAGCUGAGAGAAGCGAGUGAGGCAAUCAUAGCAGUCAGGCCGACAAGGAUGGAAGGGAUGAGCGGGAGUCCGUCAGGAAGGAGGAGCAGAACACAGGAGUCAGCAACCGACAUGAGUGCGACGAGCGCGAAGAAGCGAAGAGUGCAGACGUGCGGCAUGGGAGAGAGCAUCACCUCCUUCAUGCAGACCAUCGAGAGCAAGAACUCAGAGCGCUGCCGAGAGUCUGCGCUGCAACAUGCAAUGUUGGAGGAUAACAAGGAGAACAGGCGGCUGGACGAGUCGCUCUUGGUGAACAACAGUCAAGAGGAGAAGCAUAGUGUUGUGGAGUUGUGCGAGAAGGAGGAGGAGUGUGUUCAAAGAAAGCGCGGGGGAGGAGAAGUGGAGGAGGAUCAGAUGAUUGAGAGGCUGCAGUUUGUGACGCACGAAAACAAUCUGAUGAGGAGGGAGCUGGCGACUCUCCGAUCCUCGUUCGCUCACCUGGCGGUUGCGCUGGCAGCGUCGCAAGGAUGCUCGGACUCGUCUUGCUCUCAGCGAUGGAACUACCUGCAAGACUUCUGCAAACAGGUCGGAGGCUCCUCGGAUCAACAGGGGAGCUCGGCUAUCGCAGACUUAUACGAGGAGAGGAAGAAGAACCUGGAAGGGAAGAUCGGAGAGCUUGAGCGGCUGGUCAAGAUGGCGUUCGAUCGCUGUGACUUCCUGCAGGCCAACGCAAACAAACAGAGCAAGGGGCUGAAGCAGCAGAUACAUCAGGACGUGACCUCUGCCCUCAACCACGUCAAGUGCUCCCUGCCCAGCAGGCAAGGGAACGACCUGGAGCUGCUGAGGCAGCUUGCGAGGGCGGAGGAGGUGCAGAAGAGGAAGAACGAGGAGAUAGAGAUUGAGUUCCAUGCGCUUGAAAAUCACCUUCUCCAGCUCUGCCAGCAGAUGCACUCGCUUGCCAAGAAAGUGGACCAGCUCCGCCAUGCCCCGCUCUCUCCUCCCCGCGAGCUGCAGUCCUCUCUUGAAGUCUCGGGCCCAGUCAACUCUCAGGUGGACUUCAGCUGCAGGAGCACCUUCCAGCUGGACAACUGCUUCGGCGAGGGAGGAGAAGAGGAAGACUUGACGAUUUCCCUCCGACCUGCUCCUCCUACUCUCCCGACCUAUGCCCAAUGA